AUGGGCAGAACUUUGACCUAUCCCAAGCGGGUUUCCAACACUGCGAAUCGCUACAAGCAUCGAGCUACAUAUGACCUCGGUCCAAUUCAUAGCAUCAUCAAUGAUUCCCAGGUACUCCAUGUAUCAUUCAAUCCAGGCCCCGAGGACCCCUUCCCGGCCAUCUUGCCGAUGAUUGGCCAGAUGGGAUCAUUCGAGUAUCCCUCUGCUAGCAUCGACGAGCCUCUCGAAUGCUAUCUCCAUGGAUAUGUCAGCUCACGUAUUAUGAACCUCGCCCGUAAUUGCAGUGAGGGCGAAGGGCUUCCAAUCUGUGUGGCAACCAGCAAGAUAGACGGACUGAUUCUGUCACUCACGCCUAAUUCGCACAGCUAUAACUACCGCUCUGCCAUUUUGCACGGAUAUGCAAAUCUCGUCACAAAUGAAGAAGAGAAACUUUGGGCUAUGAAGUUGAUCACGAACUCGGUUCUCGAGGACCGCUGGGAUCACUCGCGUGUGCCACCGGAUCGUGCUGAAAUGCAGUCAACUGUCAUUCUCAAAGUCAAAAUCGUGGAUGGCAGUGGUAAGAUCCGUGAUGGUGGUGUGUCAGAUGAGCGCAAGGAUUCCGCCAACGAGAAAAUCACGAAUAGUGUCUGGACUGGUGUCGUCCCGGUCUGGGAGACCUUUGGUACACCUAUUCCUAGCGGUGAUAGUAAGGUUGCGGGAGUGCCGGAGUAUAUCACUUCUUACAUCACCAAGAAGAAUAGUCAGAAUCAGGCUUUGGCAGAGGGUACAGUGAAGGUUCAGCUACCUCCUGAAGAGCAGCACUAA